AAAACAAAAAUCACACCUUACCAUAUGCUCAAACCACCACUCAUUUUACAUUCUCUAAAAUCUCACCGGAAAUGACGAUCUCAACAAACGACGUCGUUCCACAAAAACAAACGCUAAUAUUCUCUUACGGAACUUUAAAGCAUGGAUUCUCAAAUCAUAAAUUAAUGCAAGACUUAAUUUCCAAAAACGACGCCGUAUUUAUUGGACGUUACAUAACUGACCUCCGGCUACCGUUAGUCCGCGGUCCACACGGCGUUCCGUUUCUCCUUAACCUUCCUGGAUCAUCGCCACACCGUGUUCACGGCGAACUGUAUUCCGUUUCCGAUUCCGGCCUUCAACGGCUUGAUGUUUUAGAAGGCAUUACGUUAGGUCAUUACGAACGGCUUCCGAUUACUGUUUUUCCGGAUUCCGGUGAUCGGAGAAUAGACGCUGGUUUUGAUUCCGGCGAGUUUGAUCGGAAAGUGGAGGCGGAGGCGUAUUAUGCUCACCGGAGCUUCGCGGAGGAUUUGUGGCGGAGAUGUGGAGAGGUAGGAUUUGAGUGUUAUAAUCAGGAAGUUGCUAAGGAUUAUGUGAGACGUGAUUUACGGCCUAAGGAUUUGAGUUUUCGUGAGCAAAUUUCAUUGUUUUGUUCGUCUUCGUCGAAUUGAAGGCGAAUUUUGUAUGAGUCUUUGGAAGAAGCAAAUGAAGUCAGUGAUGUGGUCUGAUAAAUUCUUUAUGCAAAGCCUCGAAGUGAAUCUUAUGAAGUCGCUCAGCUUCUUAUUAUGUAAAUCUACUUCUGAAUUCAUAAACAGAUUGUAAGUAUCUAUCUAGCUUCUGGAAUUUUGAAUCUAGGAUGGUGUUUUUGUAGACGAACACGAACUCCCCUCCCUGCUACAAGUUGCCAGUAUGAGGUUUCAUAAUAAAAAGUUUUUACCGAAAUGUGAUGAUUUUGUGUAUCUCCAAAUCCAUAAUUUUCAAUGAUAUCCAAAAAAGUUUGUUGACGGAAUUUUACUUUUACACACGAUAUGUUAUCUUAGAAACUUGGACACCAUACAGAAAAUAUUACAGGGGACACAUCUAGCAGAUAAAUACAUAUUAUACAUGCCUAUUUAGGACACACCAGAUAUUUUAAGUAAUUGAAUACUAAAGCAGAUCAAAUUUGUGUUUUUUUUUACUUGAAGACAUGAAGCAACUCAAGCACAUACAACCUUCACAGUGUUUGUUUCAUCGAUCACACAAAUACAACCUUCCCCACACUCAAAGUAGGUCUUUCCUGCAUCAGGGCCAUCAGUUUUGGAAACAACACAAGACCAACCUUCACCACACUCGCAGAAUGCUUUGGCUGAUGCACAGCUUUUGACUGUCUGUGCCACACUUUUGUCACUGCAACACCGUAUCACGUUAUACUGGUUCAUAUAGUAAAAAAGCAAAGAGGGUUAGAGAACGUACGUGACACAGGUGCAUCCACUUCCACCACAAUUUGCAAACGGUUUACCGACUUUAGAUGGCUCUGUUUUCGUAAUGGUGCAUAUCCAUCCGUCUGAGCACUUGCAGUUUGGCUUGUUAUCAGUGCUGUACCAGCAAAAAUGGAUUAAUCGUUAACAAAUUAUACACAACAUAUGCCAAUCUUUGAUCUGGCUAACUGACUAAUUAAUAGAGGUGGCAAAUGGGCGCUUCGCAGACCAUAAUUAUUUGUAUAUGCUGAAACAGUCGGGUAUUGUUCCUAGGAAAUUCUAUUACUUUUCUGUUUAGAUGAAUGAGAAUUAUAAUUGAAACAAGAUAUCUGCUAAUUGAGAUUUACACAAGUCGUUUGAUGAGCUAAAAUAAACAAGAAAAACCUGAGAGAAGGUUGGCCAACACUCUGAGACUCCAUGCUUGGGCAAGUAGAACUACUUUCUUAAACUUGAUUUCUUGUGUCUUAUAGUAAUUAGUAGUAAUUAACUUAUUAUCAUCAGUUCAUCACUUUUUGUAUGAAAGUUCUCAGUGUUUUUUAA